AUAAUCGUCUGUAUUCACUUUGCCUUGACUACAUGGGCAACCUUGUAUACAUUUCUGCCGACUUCUUAMGUGUUUAGCAAUUUUCUUUUGUUUAUUGUUGGAUUAUGGGCAAUAGCUGACUCACAGCGCACUGAUCCGUCCGUGAUGUUUCUGUUGGYCAUGAUCUUCACUAUCAUCAGUGACAUUGUUGCUAUUGCUAUCUAUUAUGACUCUAGAUUGGGUGAUUUACCAAACGGGUCCACACUUAGAUUCACUGCUGGUAUGGCUAUUCUCAAUCUUAUCCUCAAGCCACUGUUCUGUAUUUGCAUUUUCUUGGAUUUCCGAAAUCGAGGCGGUGAAGUGGACACAAGAUGGGCAGAAAACCCUUACAUCACUAUUGCAGGACGAGAUGGCGGCGAGAAGCCAGCUGGCGCACCACAGCCAUAAGAAAUAAGCUAGAUCAAGAUAAAGCAUUGUACGCCAUAUUCAUAUCCGUGGAACAUUGGGUGGGAGACUGGUGGUGAUACUGGUUAGCCUUCUAUCCCGGCCUCCAGUGUCAGUUGAGUCAGGGUUUUUUCCCCAUUCUCGUUACCAUAUCCUCCUCGGUUGUCUCGGCUUUGGAAAACCCUACAAACUCUUGCAAUUUGAUUGACUUUUAAGAAGAACGAUAGAUCUUCUAGAUCUAUUGGAUAAUCGAUGUUUUUAUUCCUCAUUUGUAGAUUUCACAAAGCCAAAGGCUUGUCCAUGCUUGUCUUGCUAGCUUGUCUUGGAAAGAGUUCGAGCAUGCGCCCUGAGGACGCGGUCGCAAUAUUCCUUGCUUCUGGUUGUAGGGUUUUCCAACGACAACCGAGGAGGAUCUGAGAACGAGAAUGGGUUUUUGCCAGUCUUGGAUGCGCGGGGAGUAGGGACGAGUUCCAAAACAGGAAAAAUUACCAAAUUGACUGAACUGAAUCUGGAGGGGAAAAGGGACCGUGAAUAGUCUCUUUUCGUCCAAGAAGCAAAAUUAUGGCUAAGAAUUUGUUUUGCUCCCCAACUGUUUUACUUGUUUGUUUGAAUGUUUCUUUCUCUGUUUGUUUCUUUUGUUUUUUUUCCUUUUUUCUUUGUUGUUUUUUUUUUCUUAUUUCAUGGCAAUUGUCCUCGUUAUCAAGUUCGUUACCAGGAUAAUAAAGAAUUCUUCUGAUUCUUUGACAUCCUUCAUGUGACAUUGCGUGUCGUUAAAAAUAGUAUUGAAAGCAAAAGCGGAAGGUUUAUAAUCUUAGAAACAGAAAUUGGAGAAAAUCCAGCUAUUGUCGUAAAUAUUUAUAUUCCUAAAAACCUGUGACGUUAGCCAAAGCAUUUCUUUAAACGUUCAUUACCAGUCUCCCACGGUUUUUUAAGAUAUGAAUUAGGUGGACAGAUAUUGGCACACGCCUUACUGAUUUUUUUUUUUUUAAAACUUACAUAGUAUAGUGAUUAUAAUAUAGGACAAUAUGUGGAUUAUACGAUACGCUAUAAAAUAACAGUUAGAAAUCUCGCGUUCUGAUUGGUUGGGAGCGCUUGUUUUAUACGGAAAGCACAGAGCACGCGCGCGCACUUUCAGUUUGCAUCUUAUCUUUGGGCGUCACCUUCCCGUCCCCAACCAGUAAGUCUCGGGUUUGAUUUCACACAAACUCCGCAUCACAUCCCUUGAUUCAAGAGUUUUUCUUCAGUAUUUCUCCCUCCAGAAAGCCUAGCACGCCAAAAAGGACGUUUGCAUGAUGGCGUCAUUUGACUCCCACUACCGAGUUGCUUCGCCAAUUUUUUUAAAUUUUAUUUAAAUUUGUAUUCCCUCAUGAGAAUAGUAAGACAAUUGGUGCAUAUUAAACGAAAAAAAGAAAGUGUGCAAGGGAGUCUCGUAGUGAAGGUCAAUGACGCGAUCAUGCAAACGUCCUAUUGAAGGUUUUAAGAACAUGUCUAUUUUUCUAUUAUUUGUAAUAUUUGCCAAUAUAUUCCAAAAAUAAAAUGUUUUGCUUUAGUU